UGAGGUGUGUUCAGUAAAUGGGGAUGUGGAUAGCCCCUCCCAUCGAUAAAUAGCACCCAAGCGACCCGCCGGAGCACACAGCAUUCCUCCGUCGAUUGGUUGGUUAGUAGCGAUGGCGAUCUCGGUCGGUCGUUCUCCUUCCUCCACUGCUCUCCUCCCAAAAGUUUGCAACUGGAGAUGCUCUUCGCGAUCUCCUUCCAUCCUCUUGAACGGAGUUCCUCGAUAUUUCACAGGAGUUCGGAUGUCGGCUGGCAGUGGUUCAUACCCUAUUGGCACUGAUUUGAGAAACGAGCUGGAUGUUGUUUCAAGCUUCAGCGAGAUUGUCCCUGAUACCGUGGUCUUCGAUGAUUUCGAGAGGUUCCCUCCAACAGCUGCCACGGUAAGCUCUUCACUUCUCUUGGGGAUUUGCAGCCUUCCUGACACCAAGUUUAAGAGUGCCAUAGAGACAGCAUUGGCUGCUAAUGAAUGCUUUGGACUAGAGGAUUCUAGCGAACGGUUGUCUUGCUUCUUCGACAGGGCCUUAGUGAAUGUGGGAGCUGAGUUAGUUAGAUCAGUCCCUGGGAGGGUGUCAACAGAAGUCGACGCUCGCUUGGCUUAUGAUACCCAAGACAUAAUUCAUAAGGUCAAUCAACUGUUGAAGCUAUACAAUGAAUUAGAGGUUUCUCCACAGCGUUUACUUUUCAAAAUUCCUUCAACUUGGCAAGGAAUAGAGGCCUCUAGAUUACUGGAAUUGGAAGGAAUACAAACCCAUUUAACCUUUGUAUACAGUUUUCCUCAAGCAGCAGCUGCAGCUCAAGCUGGUGCAUCUGUUAUCCAGAUAUUUGUUGGCCGUAUUAGGGAUUGGGCUCGCAAUCACUCUGGUGAUCGUGAGAUUGAAUCAUCUAGCAAGAAUGGUGAAGAUCCUGGAUUGGCUUUGGCUGAGAAAACUUACAACUACAUUCACAAGUAUGGCUACAAGUCAAAGCUGAUGGCAGCUGCAGUUCGGAAUAAGCAGGAUUUAUUUAGCCUCCUCGGAAUUGAUUACAUAAUUGCACCUCUAAAGAUUCUAGAGUCCCUAAAAGAAUCUGUUACUGAUCCUGAGGAACGUUAUUCUUAUGUGAGAAGGCUAGCACCAGGGUCUGCUAGUGUGUACAAUUUUACAGAAGAAGAGCUUGUGAAGUGGGAUCAAAGGAGUUUUGCAUCUGCAAUUGGACCUGCUGCAGAGGAGCUUCUGGCUGCUGGUCUUGAAGGGUAUGUGAACCAGACCAGGCGCAUUGAAGAGCUUUUUGGGAAGAUCUGGCCACCACCCAAUGUCUGAACUUCAUACCUUUCUGAAGAUAGAGCUACCAAAGAAAA